AUGGAUUAAUAUGUUGGAUUUCAAUUGGAUUUAACUUCUAUUAAUUCUAUAAAGCAGAUAAUUUAAAUGAAAGAUGGAUAUGUAGUUUUUGGUGAACAAUAAGUUGAAUAAAAAUUAAGUAAAAAUUACAUUAAAAUAAAGGAUCUGUAUCGCUAUCAAUGAGUCAUUAAAAGCUUCUUUAUUUUGAAAUUAAAAAUGGAUAAUGCAUUUCUGAGAAACCAUAUUAAAUCGGACAAGGAUUGACUGUACUGUCUAAUAUUAUUGCUAAUGAUAAUUAUAUUAUAGCUUUAAUUUCUCGUUAGGGAAAUAGAAGUUUGGUAUAAUUCAAUCCGAAAGAACAUACAAACGUUCAUUUAAUUCCAAGUUUACCUUAUAAAUAGUAUAAUAAUAAUGAUUAGAUAUUAAAUAGAAUGUGAGUCUAAUUAUAAUGUUUUUUCCUUCAAAGAUAGAGUGACACUAAUUGAACUUUAUAAAUUAGAAAACUAAAUGUAUUUAGAAUGUUUAAAUUACCCAGAUGGAUAUCAUACUGGAAAGAAAUUUAAAAAAAUAAAAACGAUACAAUCCUUGAAGAUAUUCAAUACUCAACAUAUAUUGAUUAUAGCAGAUGAAGAGUUUUAUUUAUUUGAUGGAUCUGGAGAUUUAUUCUCAAUUAAUAUUUAGAUGCCUUAAGAAUUUAAAUUGAAAUUUAUAAUUGAAAUUAAAGAUCAAUAUGUAUUAAUAAUGAAAGAUAAAAUGGAUAAAUUUUAUAAGUUUUGUAAUAAGGAACAUGAUAUAGAUUAUUUUAGUACCUUUAAAUGUUAAGAAUUAAUUUAGGGAUAAAUAGAUGUUUAAACAAAAAAAAAAUAGUCAAUUAAUCUUUAAAAGCUUAAUAAUGAUUAUUAUGUAUGGAUUAGUACAAUUUAUUUACAUGAAGAAAAUGAAAAUUAAUUAUUUGUAAAUGUUUUUAAGAUUAAUAUUGACAAAGAACCCUGUUUAAUAUAAUGUUAUAAUUUAUGGAAAAGUUAAGAUAUAAGUUUUAUAUAAAAGGAUGAAUUUGUUCAUGAAUAUAUAUUAUUUAAGGAUUAGUAAAAUAUUAAGGCAUUUAAUAUCGAUCAAAUAAAAUGA